GACAGUUCCGGUACGGACGCCGAGCAGACGAAACGUAUUUGAUUUCUUUCCCGUUGGUCGCGUCGGUUUUGUACAGCGAAACGCGACAUCGGCCUGUUUCCAGCCAUUACUAUCCAGCGGCGAGAGCGUGUUUCACUCGUAUUUGGCCUGCUUUGCUUGCGACACUCCGAGAGUACGAUCCCGAAAACAAUCGAAUCGCCGCCCGUAACGUAAGCUACAACUGUUGUAAUAAUAUCGUAAAUACAUUUUUUUUUUUUAAAUUUAAAAUAUUAUAAACCGGUAAUACACCCUUAUGGUGUAGGUAUGCGUGUGUGUACCGCUUAAUUCACGUUGCGUAUGGACCGUGAACAUCGAAAAAACAAUAACGCGUUUAGGGAUAAAAAAAAAUGUAUUAAAGAGAACAAUUUUCGACUUUGCAUUUUGAAUUAUGAGCGUAGUUUAUUUUUUCGAAGAUGUAUGUGUGUUGUGGCUUCAGAAAACUGUUUUUCAUUCAAUUCAUUUAAAUGUUCCGAUUUUUCCAUGUCAAUUUUCACCUCAAACCAUGCAGAAUUUCUACCCAUUGGUUUUUUAUUUGAACAACAAUUUAUCGAAAUGUUCAGCAGAUCAAUUCUCUGGUCUUUUAUGUUUUAUAUUCUGAGCGAAACGAGGGAGGAAUUCAUUGAUUUAACUCGGAUGUCUUACAUUUAUCUAGAUAAGAUAAAAGAUGAAAAUAAAAGUACCUUUUCUGUAAUUUGAAUAGUAUAAUAAAUUAUUUUUAAAAAUUAUACAGUCAACCGUUAUAUUUUCAUCGAAGCAUUUACAAUACGAAAAAAAUUAGAUUAUAUUUAAAAGUAAUUCCAUAUGUUUAAUUCUUUGAAAUAAAAUAUUAGGCUUUGUUCACAAUUGACAGUAAUUUCAUUUUAAUAUAAUACGUAUAUAUAUAUAUAUAUAUAUAUAUAUAUAUAUAUAGGCUGAUUAAGCAUAUUUCUUUUUUUUUGUAAUUUAGAUCUAACUGGCUAUUAGGAAAAUGGUGCAUUGACCUUAUCAAUUUGUUGUUGUUUUUUUUUUUUUAGAUUUUCUUUGGUAGAUACUCUGUGGAUAAAAUGUUUCGCCCUAACGGAAAUACUUGAAAAUAUAACACGAGGUUCAUAAUAAGUUAUAUUUACUUAUAAAAAAAAAAAAUUAGUUUUUAAGACCGAAUUGUAAAAAGUCGUAAAAAAUUACGGUAUUUCAAUACUGAACUUCGCUCAGAAUUGUAUUUCGGAAUCGUUUUAUUCAUUCCACCAUCCCAACUUACCACCUACAACAGUGGCAUCCACCCGUCCUCUUUUUUUUUUUUCUAUGUUGGUUAUUUAUAUUAACGCAUAUUUUCUAUCAUUUAGAUACUGUAAAUACCUAUUUAAAUUAUUUGAAAAUAUUAUUUAAUGCAUUUAUACGCCUACAAUACUACACUACAGUAUUCGGUUUUUUUUUUUUUUUUAUAGUAUAGUAUGUUUCGCAUGCAGAUUUUAUUGUUUUGCAAAGUACACUGCAAAGAAUAUUUCUAUUAUACAAAAUGAGAUAGGGGAUUAUUGGACUCCGCUAUUCCCGGGUGUUUUUCUGCGUUACGGUAUAAUUGCGUAAACAUAUUUUUUGAUCAAAUCAUAUUUCAUGAAUCACGUAUACGUAUGUAUAUCGAUGGAUACGAUACGAUAGAAUUCGUCUUACGGUAAUGACAAUUGUCAUUCAAACAUUUAAAAGUGAAUUUGAAUAUUUUUAGGAUUAAAUUUUAAUUUAUUUUUUAGUCAUACUAUCCGUUAAAAUUUCUAAUACGCAAUACUAUAAAUAUCGGGGCGUGCAACAACGUUUGGUGUAUUACAAACAUUUUUAUCAUUGCAUAUUUUAUUAUUUUUUAAUUUUUUACGUAUACAGGUGAAUCUAUCCUAGGUGGCCAACAUGAUCUUGACAGGUAUGUUGACCGUGUGCCUCGUGUGGCCCGCAACGAUUCGGGCAUUCAACUUCAUGGACCAGUACGGGAAAAACCAGUUGAUGCAAAAACAAAACCGCCACAACAGCCCGGCGUGGUACAACGAUGUUAACCUGGUGCCUGAUUGGGCAUCGCCGUAUAGCAUCGCCGACGGCGGUAACGAUGGUCUGAUGAUGGGAAACUACGGACGACGACUGGGUGACAACGGAGGGAUGAUGAUGGACAACGACGGAACGGCCGCGUUCAACCAACAAAAUAAUAAUAUGCUGUCCUCGGACGACUACUAUUACGACGACACCGCGGACGUCGGUCCGUACGGUUCGUCUAGACCACAGCCACAUGACCGGUUGGACUACGCGGUGGUCAGGUACCCGAGUUAUCACGGUUAUUAUCCCGUGGACGACGACCUGCGGGUUGCCGGGUACGACCGGGGCGCGUCGGACAACCAGCUGUUGCAGUACGAAAACAGGAAGACUUUCGACAAUCGGAAAUCGGUACCCGUUGUACCACCAGCAGCGGUCGUCUCCUCGGCCAUGUCGCCGUACUACACCCCUCCGGUGCACGCCUCCGGUGUGAUUAACGGUUACGCGGCACCGCUGCCGCCGAUAACGUUGAACCGCGGGUACGACACGCCUAGAUUUCCGAUGGACAAGUUGCACAGGUUCCGGAAGGUGUUCUUAUCGAAUGUAGUGUCGCCGACCAACGUGUUCAAGUCGCCCGAGGAACAGCAGUUGUUCGAUAUCUGGGAAUCCUUGAUUAACGACGAUUUAAUGACGGGAAAUGUGCAGCAGACGAUGGACGACAACAGAAUCAUUACAGCUGACCGACGUGUGCAGGCGGUGGACCAAGACCGACAGCAGUUUCCGUUGUUCCAACACCUACCGCCGGUACUACAGCGGUUUCAAAAGCAACAACAGAGGUCUCAGAAACUCAAGCAACGGCACCAGGAUCAGUAUCAUCAUAAGCUGCAGCAGCUGCAGCCGCAGGCGCAGAAACUCGUGCAGUACCAGAAACCCAACGAAGAACGGAAGUCGUAUCCGUCGAUGCAAUCGCAUAAAUUGAAAAGUGAGGAAAGAGAAUACCGCGAAUGGACGAACGGCUCGCCACUCCGAAAAAGGUCUUCCUCCGCAGCUGGCGGCGACGAGUACGGUGCUGCCCAACUGCGUCGGGCGACCCCAGCGGACAACGAUGACGUGCGACAGUUGGAAAAACUCAAGACGAGCAAAACCGUGACCGGCAAUAUGAUCGCCAAACCCAACCGGACCGUGUCGAGCACGACGGUAGUAACCACAACCACGAUCGCUAUGACGGAUACUACGCCGCCCCCGCCAAUGACCGACGGAGGACAAAGAGAGUACGUACUGCCACGACCGGCGGGCGAAAAGUCGGGUCUCGAGAGCCUGUUCGAAGUGAUCGCCGAAGGCGGUAUCCGCGGGAAUUACAACGGAAACGGCGCCGCAGACUCGGCCUUCAGUAAAGUGAGUAUAUCCGCCCGUGAAUUUCGCGUGAAAAUAUGAUGUGCAUAAUCAAAAGGGAGUGUAGGGGCGAAGGGGAGGGGGUCACGCGGUAUGUAUUUAAAUGCGGGUCGGGCAUUGACCGUGGUUUAUUUUUCUCAUUGUUCGGUAUUUAUUUGCAACAACAAAAUGCAAUUGCACGAAUUAAUUUGUUUCCCUAGAAGCUCGAUCGGAUAUAUGGAUAUAUAUCCCAUUGGCCGAUGUAAUGUCGUGUAUUUUUGCUUAUUGCUCAUCGGCGUUAUCCGACAACAGUUUCGCUAUCGUUAUGGAGCACUUAAAACACGCUAUCAAGCGAAGCAGAAAAAUUAUUUUCAUAAAACUGAAUCUUAGAUUAUUAACUCUCUUGAAUAAACCCUGAAAAUGGCAAGGUUAUUUUAACUCAUAGUGACGCUUAUAACACAAUGAUAACGAGGAAUAACGCGUAAUGUACAUGUUGAUAAUUCCAUCAUAAACCGGCAAUUUUGUCGGAAGGUUUUAAGUGAAUUCGAUUUCUGAUUUUUCGACCAUUGUGAAUCAUUUAAGAUAAAUUUAAAAAUCGCUUUUAAUUUUUUCAUCUCUACGCAGUAUACCUGAAACCGGUGUUGUCGCCGGGGAGUAAUAAAAUCGCGGUUACACGGCGAGGCGGUUUAUGUGUGUCGUUCUCGUAUAAUGUUCGCGCGUCUCGGCCGGGUAUGACGUCAAUGCGAUGACGAUCGAUACGCGGAGCCGCUGCCGGUCGGAUUCUUGAAUGGAGGUCGGCCGCGCGUAUUUGUUAGACUAUGACGUCUUUACCGAAAAUAGAACCGAACUCGCGUACUACCCCGCCCGGCCACACGACUCAGUUGAAUGAAACCACCGCACCAUCCCGUCCCAGUGCGGUCCCGCGGGAUUUCCGCCCUCCCGAUUCCACCGCCACCGACGAUCCCGUGCCCCCGUCACCGGCCGCGGGUGGUUGUCCGCUUGUUACAAAACUCUGCGCGCCUGACGUCACGCGACCCGUCUCGUAUUAUUCCGCGCGGUCCCCCCUUCCUCUCAUCGAAUUUCUCCCCCCCCUGAACCUGCCCGGUGCGGUAACAAACCGAGGGACGGAAUAUGUAUGAGACCCCACCUCAACCCACACAAAGCUAUAUUAUUAUCCCGGACUAGCCCCGCGCCCCGGGACUCUGAAAUCCUUCGCUCGUGAAGGGAUCCCCGCUGAUCCUCUCUACUUCCCACCGUCCGCCGUGAAUUUCCCCGGACGGCAGCUCCGAAGUGCUCGCGGCGCAUGACCGUUCCCCUCGCAUUAUUAUUACGAUUAUUGUUUCGUCGUUUUUUUUUUUUUUAUAAAUAUUAUUCACGAUCACUCCGCCGUAUUAUUAUACCGUUGUAUGGAUUAUGAUUAUGCUCUUUUUUUUUUCCUCAGUCAUACCGCAUUUGCGCAGACGCCGUGGGCCGGACGUUUAUCGUAAAGGCACGCGUGAAACUCGGUUAGAGAGAAAUUUCAACCACGCAGUGACGCGUAGUUUAGUACACAUUGAGAGAGAGAGAGAGAGAGAUGGAUAGAAAUGCGGAUUUUUAACAACUGACGGUGGGACAAUUUCGGCGAUGAUAAUAUUUGUCCCGCCGCAUUUAAAAUCGCCCAUUUUCACAGCGUGUAUCAUUUGAAGCGAUUUUUUUUUUCCAAAGGAGAUCAGUAGAGACGCCCAAACACACAUUUCGAGAAUAUUUAACGCGUUUCGACAUCGGGGCAAUACGACUUUACGCUUCGAUUGACAUCUACGAUUUUCGCCCCCCCCCCCCCCCGUAUCAGGCGUAACGUGGAAGAACUGACACAUUUAACGGUUAACACGAUUAAUAUGUUAGUUUACAUUUCGUAGUUUUGUAUCACAAUAAUCAUCACCCCGGAUAAAAUUAUUGUCCGGUGCGUCAUCGAUGUUCCCCGUUCGGUCGCAACCGUAACUCGAUAAGUCCGACCGCGCAGUGAAAUGUCACUUGAUUUAAUAUGUAUACGACCGAGCCCGUUGUAAUAGGGCAGUGUGCGGCCGAGUCGUUGUAUCCGAACCUAACCGCGUGUUAAACACGUCAAUAAACGUAUUACAGUGAUUUGUAUCGCGCGAUAUUAUUAUUGUCCCGAGCCGAUUCGGAUUGCCGACGGUGUUUCUGGUUUUUUAGCCUUUAAUUUCGGCACAAACGCCGCAAUUCGUAAUACGGACGGGUGUCGCCUAGUAGCAGUAUACUCUUAAUGACCUGCCACUUGAUUUCCGUCCCGCCAUUUUAAUCGUUUUGGACGUGUACAGACAUACAUCGAUUUUUUUUUCUGCUCUAUAACGGCCAUUAAAAAGUUUGACGAGGGGCGAAUCGACGAUGGUUUGCCUUUUGGAGUACGGUUUGUGCGCAGCCGUGUGUUUGGCAUAACGUCAUCCGUGUUCCGCGUGGAACGUAAUACAAAAACAGUACACGUACCUAAUCAAAGAAGUUUCCGACAAUUUUCGGAGGGUGCGUACAUAAAUAGACUUCUAGACGGAACAUUUUUCAGUCGUAAGACUGGGAGGUGUGGUCGGUGCGAACGGACCACCAGAGAAUUACUGAUAUACAGAGUGAUCAAUUUAUCGUAAGACAACCAUUAUCUCGGGAAAUAUUAAUUUAAUUUUUUUUGGAAAUUGUUUCAUAGAAAAUUUAAAAAGUAAGCAGCUCUAUACUUUUAUAUUUGUCAUUUUUUUACGCAGUUAUUUUUUUAAGGGAUAAAACCACCACCUAUUUCUGAUUUUAAAAUUGCAACCAAUGUUAAAAAUUCCAUUAAUAGAUGGAGUAUAAUGUUGAAAUUAAUUUUUUUUUAAUAUAUGUUUAAAAUCAAAAGUAGAUUGUUAGUAAUAUUACUCUAGUAAUAUUAUACUCUACGAAAACACCUCUGCGUGUUUUUAUUUUAUCAAUACUUUUCGUGUAGUUUUUUUUUUUUUUAUAAUAAAACGAGUACGGAUAUCGAUUGACAGAACGUUGUUUUCGAUAAAAAUGUAAUGUGCUGACAUGAAUUUUGUUUUUCCAGUUACGUGAAGAAGUCAAAGUGAAUAAAAAGAGAUCAUUCGUUUCGGAUGAGACGUCGUUGGCAGCUGAACUUGGCGCGCUCCGAAAAAAUUAAUAGUACCUAUAUAGGACUACUAUUACCCUAUUGGAGAAAAUAAAAAUAAUACGAAGGCCACUCAAGUUUGUUGAAGAACAAAUAAUAUUACAAUAAAUUUUUAUUUUAUAUAUUAAUUAAUAAUUAUUAGUGUGUACAUAAUAAAUUAUCUUUUCGUGUAUAGGUUCGCUUAUUACGUGUAAUGUACCUACGAAAUUCGUCAACCGUUUCUAUUACUAUUAUUUUUCUAAAUUUAUUAUAUUAAUAUAAUGUACUAAUAUAGGGUGUCAUGCCGUGUUUUCCCAAUGUUAAGGUUAGUUUCUUAGUGACAGCUGUUUUAAUUUUUAGAAAAUAUCACUGUAAAAUUUAGGCAUCAGACUUAUUGAUAAUACGCAUCGUAUAGGUUAUUAUAAAUAAUUUAAAAAAAAAAUUAUAAUUUCUAGAGAUGGCGUAUAAAAAAUAUCAUAUUCAAUAGAUAACUACUACGCAACGCGAUACAGAAUCACAAUCGUAGUGCUAUAAUAAAACCACGAUAGAUAACUCUACCGUGAAUAAAUGUCAUUUAUACCAUACACUUAUAAACUAAUUUGUGUAUGUCUAUGAUUUAUACUCAUUGGCAUAGCUAAAUAAACAGGCAUGUCAGUAAAAAUACGAGUUUUCUUAUAAUUAUGCUCCCAAAAUUGGGAUAAACGGUACGAUAAUCAUGUUUCCAUCACCCGCCCACCUUGUAAUGUCCGGUUUAUAUCAUCUGCCAAUGGUUCUGUGCAAUAACCGUGAUAAAAGCUUAGGUCAAUUUCAAUCAAAUCGUUUAUUUCCCCAUGGUAUGUUCCAUAUCUUGGACACACUUCACGCACAGAACAAUUUUAGUGACAUGCGCCUGUUUAUUUAGCCAUAGCUAAAUAGCUGUUACUAAGAAACUAUUUAUUGCAUAUCUUUGUUCAGUAAAUUAAAAUUUGUUGAAUAAUUUCUAUUACAAAGUUACUAUUUUCAAAUAUUUUGAAAAAUAAACAAAUAAAAAGCUAUUUUUUAUUAGUGAUAAAGGGAUGGAAGUACAAAUUCAAUUUUCCUCUAUAGGUGUUCGCCUAACAAAAAAUCCAUUGGAAAAAAAAUUCUUAUUAACAGAGAUAUUUUAGAUUGGGAAAACAGGAUGGGACACCGCUAAAUUUUGUACGCGCACACUAAAUUAUUUUAUCAUUAUUUUUCAUAAAAUACAUUUUGAACUAUUAUUAGAUAUUAUAGAUACAUAGUCAUUCUGUCUGAAUUACGACUAAUUAACUACAUAAUAUUUAGUUAGGGAGUGAAGACUGAAAACAUUUCGUUGUACCUAUUCACGCGCAUUCAUAAUAUAGUGAACGAAAAUAAAAUAAAAUUGUAAGUUUCAAAAAUCCGUACCUGUCCCGUAUUGUUUAUACCUAACCUACUAAACUUUUACUCGUAAGAAUUUUUUUUCUGUUAUCUCUAAAUACCAUUUGUAUAUUAUACAGUCUAAAUUAUUCUAUUUUUAUGCUGCCCGUUCUCUUGCACCUUUUACGUAAUUUUCCUGUACAUAAUUAUUGUGAUUUAUUUAUAAGAUCAAUUGUUAUAUUGAAAUUAAAUUUAUUAUUAUUAUAUUGUAUACCGACCUAAUAUCGUAGUCGUGAAAUUAGGAUGAUAUGUUUAAAUAAAAAAAAUAUCAAUAUUAAUUUAAUUGUAUUAAUCAUUUUGUAAUCAAUAUUGUGA